UUUCCUGCUGUUGCUCAAGUGUAGCCGAGCUUAGAACAUAGAUGAUAAACCGAAGCCCGGCUCUCCAUUCAGCCGCAUGAGAGCUGUGCUAACUAGCCACUAACGUACAUACAAUGCUAAUACACGAGCAGGCUCCUGACAGACUGACACUCUCUGAAUCUUCGACCCGGACAGUGUUUAUCUGAGACAGCAGUAUUAUGUUACAGAGAUGAUGUUAACGCCAGCACCGGUGUGAGUUACGGAGAUCCGGCGGCAGUUAGCUCAGGCAUGUAGACUGAAAGCUAAUAAACGACGCUAGCAAUGUGACUUUAUGAUGAACCAAUGCGCUCACUAGAUGUUUCAGGAACUGAUCGUGCAGACUACUACAGCUUGUAUCAAAAACAAGGGACAAAAAUGAACCCACGAAAAUGAAAAUUCUUGCAGCAUUUACUCGCCUUCAUGUCAAUCCACUUUUCUUUUCUUCUUUAAAAGAAGAUAUUUUGAGAAAUGGCAUAGUGGUGUUUGUCCACAAAGUGAAAGUCACUGGACACCAGAACUGUUUGGUUACCAAUAUUCUUCAAAAUAUCUUCUUCUGAGAUCAUCUGAAGAAAGAAAGGCAUACAAUGUCACCAGCCUGAAUGAUAAUUUUUAUAGUUCUAGUUCAUAGUUUUAAGAUAUACACAUUUAAUAAAAAAUAAUGAAAUUCAUGUUACCCACCCCCCAUAUAUACAUCUUGGAUUUAGACUGUACAUUUUAAAAUUCAGUUUAAUUAUUAUUAUUAAUUUAAAUAAAGGGAUAAUUCACUCAAAAAAAAAAAAAAAAUUACAAUUCAGUCAUCAUUUACUCACCUUCAUGUUGGUCCAAACCUGUAUGACUGACUUGUUUCAGUGGAACACAGAAGAUGCUGCCUAACAUCUACUUUUGUGUUUCACGCAAGAGAAAAAAGUUCAAUAGGUACACUUUCUACACGAUGGUAGCUUGAGACUAAUGCCGGGCGCUACAAGCAGGAAACAUGCAGCAGAAGCGCAACAUUCAGAUCAUAGAAUGGGAGGACUUGGACAAACGCAAGUUCUACUCCUUCGGAGUCUUCAUGACCAUGGCCAUCCGCGCAACGGUCUACCCGGCCACGCUGAUCCGCACCAGGCUGCAGGUUCAGAAGGGGAAGUCUCUCUACACUGGGACCUACGAUGCCUUCCGUAAGAUUCUGAGAGCUGAGGGUCUGAGAGGACUUUACAGGGGCUUCAUGGUGACCACGUUCACGCUCAUAUCAGGGCAGGCGUACAUAACCACCUACGAACUGGUAAGGAAAUAUGUCUCCAACUAUUCUAAAGACAAUACGCUGAAGUCAUUAGUUGCGGGAGGCUCGGCCUCACUGGUGGCCCAGAGCAUUACUGUUCCCAUAGAUGUCAUAUCGCAGCAGCUCAUGAUGCAGGGCCAAGGGGAGCAUCUGACCCGCUUUAAAGUGAAACCCACAAUGGGAGCAACGCACUCUGUAUUUUUCGGCCAGACGAGAGACAUUAUUGGGCAGAUAUUUGCUGUGGAUGGCAUUCGUGGCUUCUAUCGAGGAUAUGUUGCGUCUCUCCUCACAUACAUCCCCAACAGUGCCGUUUGGUGGCCCUUUUACCACUUCUAUGCAGAACAGUUGUCUAAGCUGGCUCCCAGUAACUGCCCUCAUCUAGUGCUGCAGGCAGUGGCUGGACCUCUGGCAGCUGCCACUGCCUCCACUGUCACCAACCCCAUGGAUAUCGUCAGGGCCCGGGUUCAGGUGGAGGGCAGGCCAUCAGUCACUGAGACCUUCAACCAGCUGAUCAGAGAGGAGGGAUUCUGGGGGAUGACCAAAGGCCUCUCUGCUCGCAUCAUAGCCUCAGCGCCCACAGCAAUAGUCAUGGUGGUCGGUUAUGAAACUCUCAAAAAGCUCAGCUUACGCCCAGAGCUGGUUGACUCCCGACACUGGUAAAAAAAAAAAAGAAAGGAAAGAAAAGAAACUUUACAGUGUCUGUCAUCUCCACUAUGACUACUUUACUCCACCUUAUUUUCCAUGUUUGCCUUUUAAAUCUCCUCCCUUGUGAUGCUUCAGUGGGACAGUGCUGAUUGCUUUUGGGUUUGAUUAUGAAAUCGUUUUUUUAUCUAAUAGAAACACUGCAGCUUUUGAGCUCUGUGUUACUGUCUGUCAAUGAGGGAAAAUGCUGCUCAGGUUUGUAAUCGGUGUAAGAGGCACACGAGUUUUUCUUGAAUUUUUAAAAAGUAUGUGAUCUAACAGAUUGAAUGUUUUAGAAAAAGAGUAUUUUGUGACUUUAAUUUAUUGCUCGUUGUAUAAAAGUGGUAUUCAGUCAUUGUUAAAUUUUCUGUAGUACAUAAACAAUAUUUCUUUUAAGAUUUAAUUUAGAGUACUCACUUUGUUGUACUGUCCCCACAACUGGCAUUUUAUCAGUAGUAGUAAAGUUUAUAAUGUACUUUAUUAAGUUUAUAUACCUAGGUCUUUUCAUGUGCACAGUGUUCACCUCUGAAUGUGCUGUUCCUCGUUUUUGUGGGGUGUUGGGAUUUUAAGUUGCCAAAGCCGAACGAAUAUUCAAGGAAAAUCUGUUGCUGACAAUGAAUAAUGAAAAAUCAAAACCGAUUGUAAAUAUAUCGAGUUAUAUAUU